CGCCAAAGACAGACUUAAAAAGCAUCAAUAUGGCGGCCUGUUCAACGGCAGGUGUGAGAAGUGUCGGCCUGAACUCGGGCAUCGCCAUGAAGGAUUGCUACUCGCAAAUUAAAGGAGGAGAAAAAAUCUGCAGCGGCGACGCCAACUGCCCCUUCAUCAACGGUAACGACGCGGGCCAGGGCGAGGAACGAUGGCUGCAGUCCCUCCGACAGUUCCACAACGGGCGGAAUCUCCAAAUGGUCCACCUUUCGCCGUCAGUCACCGAAAAGGACAUCAUUGAUUUCUUCCAACAAACGGGCACCCUGGUGAAGAAGGUAGAAAUUAACAGAAGGACGCACAUAGCCCGCAUGAAAGUGGACAGCUCGUACGAGUUUGACCCGCUGAUCCGGCCGUGGAACUUUCCACGGACCCUGCUGGGUACGGACGCCAAGCUGAAGAUGGGCAGCAGUGACAGCUUCCUUUGCGUCACAAAUCUGCCCACCAACUGGAGCGUCAAGCAGUUCCAAGAGCUGUGCGAGAAGUUCGGGCCUGUUGUGCGCUGCUUCCUCAUCUACCAUCACGCCACGGACGAGAGCCUGGGCUUUGGCCUGGUGGAGUACUGCAGCCGAGCUGUGGCCUGCCAGGCCAAGAACCUCCUGCACAAAAAGCAGGUGCAGCAGGGAGAGAUCCACUGCGACUGGCUCGAGCACAACCUGGUCAACUACGCCGACCUGUACCCGCGCUGCCUCUACGUCGGCAACCUGCCCACUACCUUCUGCGACAUCUACGCCUUCAGGCAGCUGUUCACCACCGUGGCUAGCCCCACCUACUGUCAGCUGUCGAUUGUCAACGGUGUGCCACAAGGGUUCGGUGUGGUGGAGUUCCGUCUGCACGAGGAUGCGCGCAAGACCAAGGAGCUGCUGCACGGCCACUGCCUCAACGGCAACCGGCUCAACAUCCUCUUCACCUCCCCGGGAGUCAGCGCCUACAAGCUCUACAACCGCAUCAUCGAGGAACAGGUCAGCCCGUCGCUGAUCGAGGAACAGGCUAAGAAGAUGGAGAAGAACGGCGCGCUUUCUACUCCGCAGCUGUCGCCAGCGCUCCUGGCUCAGUUUUCCGUCGUCCAGAACUCAAAGGUCGCAAAGACCUUCCAGAAGGCCAUCAAUCUCAAGGGCAAGGGCAAGAACGCUUCACAGGUCUCCACGACUGCGGCGAGCAACCACGCACUCAUAGCCUUGCAGAAUUUCUUCAACCAGCAGAUCUGCACUCAGCAGGCUUUGGGUCAGAUGGCACUGGGGCUGCCAGCUCCGCCCUCGGACUCCUCCUACGACUCGUCGCAGCAGCCCCAGCAGUCUGGCAACGACGGGGACACCAAGGGCAAGGCGGAGGAGAAUGGGGCCCCCGGGGAGGAGCGCAAGCGCAAGAACGAGCCCGUCUACCAGCCGCAGUGUCCACUUAAUUAUUCCACCAUGGAUAAUUCUAGUAAGCACCCGAGUUGGGCCUUUGAGGGCGCCUGCCAGCAGCAGCAGCAGCAACAGCAGCAGCGCCAGGGGGCAGGCGGCUACCCGCAGCAGCAACAGCAGCAGCAGUCCGUGGAGGCGAGCAACGAAGCGAUCAACAUGUCGAGCGAGAGCCGGGACCAGCAGAGCCCCCAGGGGGCCUCGUGCAGCUGGCAGUCGGCCUGGGCUGGGGGCCAGAACCCCGGGGAGCAGUCCGGCCAGCCCAUCAUGGGCCAGGGCUCCUCCUACGACAAGCAGGAAUCCGAGAUGUCUCCGUCAGAUCGCAAGCGCAAGGUGCACCAGCUGAUGCCGUCGCCGGAACCAAGUCCCGAGCACGGCUACAUCGGCCAGCACUCCCAGGCGCUGGGAGGCCAUUACGCCGACUCAUACUUCCGCUACAAAAAAAUGAAAGUGGGCACCUAAGCGGGAGUAUGGGCCCCACCGCCCCAGCCGCGCUUCGGAGCCCUCCCCCCGAACCCUUACUUCCCAUGCUUCAGAGGCUGCGAGUCCUAUCGACUCAAAGAGAACAAGACAACAACAACAAAAAGCGUAGAAGGCCCUUGUUCAACGCAGCGACCUUCCUCGUCUCUCUGUUCGAUCCUGUUCCCCCUCCCUUCCCCUUACGACCUUUUGCAGUUGUCGCUUGAGGUUGCCCUCUCUUUUUCUCUCUGUUUCUCGAGUUGUUUGUACCACAUCCGUUUUCGUGUCUGUCAUCGAUUCGUCGCGCCUUUCGGUGCGAGAGGGGUCAAGGAAGCAGGGGUGAUCGAGACUAGCGAAAGAGCCACGUUGCAGACGGAACUUAGGUCGUCUGCUCCGCAACGUGCGGGAGGUGCCCCUUUUAAAGUUUUCACUUUCGAAGACCCUCGGGAGGACAGACGUAUGCAACGCCGCGUUUCGUUUUAAGCUAUCCUGUUUUAGCGCGUCGCGGGUACAAACGGUCAUCCGAACCAACCGGAAUAUGUGCCGUCGAAAGGCGUCUCCAACCUGUCUUCCGUUCGUGGAGUCGUGUGGUUCGUCCCUGCCCCGAAACCUUGUUUCGUUUCAUUUCCCGAUUGGGAGUUUCGUAUCCUGGUGACGUUAGUUUGGGGAUGACGCAGCAAGUUUUCGCUCUCUAACGAAGACGCGAGAAGCAUCAAAACACAAGGAGCGUUGGGGUCCCGAGACAGCGGGCCUGGAGCCGGGUCGGGUCUUUUUCUUUUUCCCCGAGCACGCCCGCCCGCAAAACGAGAAGUUGGACGCUUCUCCCUCCCUCUGCAAGCCGCCGUCAAAGUUGUUCCAUUUAUGCGAACGAAAGAAACAAAAACAAUGCCACCUAUGCAGGCUCUUCCACGAGAGUUCCACGCCGGCCCGCUGUCUCACGUCACAUACCCCAACCACCUUGCAAAGGUUAACACUUGUGCACAGCCAACAAGUAAACGAAAACCGACUCGCAAAAAAAAAUGUCUUGUCAAACACCCCUGCUCCCAGCAAAAAAAAAAAAAAAAAAAGCCUGCUUUGUCGCGUUUUGAGCGGCCACUGCAGUGAAGCCGGCUUUACGUGGUGUCUCCUGGUACACAUUCUGCAGACCGCCGUCGCGGACAAUUUUUUCUGCGGGCCGCAUUUUUAGAGAUUCGUGGUGGCCUCGCCAAUCAAAUCUUUUUUUCCCCUUAUCGUUUCUUUGUACAUGUAAAGCCUCGUUCUUCUUUUCAUCUUUCCCCCUCCCCCGUCUGCAAGUUCAGCACCUGAUGCAAUGUCGAGUUUUCUUUGUUUCACCUGUACAAAGAUGACGAUGCUGAGGCGAGUUUGUCGAGAAGGGUCUCCGUUUUUAUUUUUAUUUUUGCACCCAUUGAGUGUGGCUGCUCCGGUUCCUUGUGCUUGCAGACCGUGUUGUCGAAGUGCAUUCUCCCUUACUGUGUUGCGAGGUGAAGGCGACCUCGAAGUUACAAGACGAAAGGCGAGCGUACAAUGUGGAAGCCCCUCUCCAUAUUUUUUUUUUUUUUCAUUUGUUUCGCCGCUGUUGGCUUUUUCAGACUUGUAUAUCUCAAGAUCAAAUGCUACCCAUGCAAAAUACGCCGUGUAUCUAUUUUUUUUUUUUCAUUGUGUUGUAUUAUUGUUACAUUUAUUUUGUGGACACACUACAAGCGCGCGAAAGUGUUUUUGUUCCUCUGUGCAGUAUCUUGAGUUCCCUCCCCGUUUUAGCCACGUAGGCCGCCACGGUUUUACACGGACCUACACGCGUGACCCUGUUCGUUCUUUUGCGUGAGGAGGCUCCGUUUUUAUAACCCCACUUUUAAACCUCGCGCGACCAGUGUUGCACGAUUUGUUUUCGUUUUUUUUUUUCCUUGAGUUUGAAUGAGUUGUCAUAAUCGUCCCUCUCCUUAUGAUUGUUGUACAUAUAGCCAUCGCCCUCCCCCCUUCCCAAGGACUGCUUCACAGUUAACCAUACCAGGCAUACUUUCCUAGCAAAGACUUUGCCCAGUAUUUUGCGACUGGAGGUAGGCGGCAGUAGUGUGGUAGCUUGUUUGGCGGUAGAAUCGCCAUCUUAUCUCGUAGCACGUUUUGUGGCUUCACCCUCCUCUCCCCCCUUCGUAUUUAUAUACAGCCCGACUAUACACCACAGUAACUUCCACCAGUAAAUGCUUGGUCCGAUCAGGGUUUUUUUUCCGUAGUGCCAUAUAUGCGAUUACACUACCAGGUCUAAUGUCGAUGCAAAGUGCAUGGAGUAUAAAAUGGCGCCUGUUGGUUGGUAUUUUCGCCUCCUUUUAGAAUGCCUUCUCGCUUCCAGUCUUUUUUUUUUACUUUCCGGUGCUUGUUCGCGAACGUCGUCCGUCCCGCGGCUGUAGGCCUCGGGUGUGACAAAACGCUCCGCGCGUCUCGUUCCUCGACUUUUUUCCCGCCUGCUGCUAGUCGUCUCUCCGCUACGUGCAACGUAUACUCAUUUGUAUCCAUUCUGUGUAUAUAAUUACCAGUCAAUGUUACGUUUCAAGGAAAUAAAAGCUCCGUACUCUCAAAGCA